GGAAAGCUAUUUUGUUCAUUCAGAUACAGAAAUGAGCAGUAAUUUGUCAAAUCAACACUUUUUUCCUCUCAAAAAUAGUAAGGGGUGACUCGUGCUGAAGAUGACUAAGAAACGAAGGAAUAAUGGACGUGCCAAGAAGGGCCGUGGUCAUGUACAGCCCAUCAGAUGCACAAACUGCGCCCGCUGCGUCCCCAAAGACAAAGCCAUUAAGAAGUUUGUCAUCCGCAACAUCGUGGAGGCUGCAGCAGUUCGAGAUAUUUCAGAGGCCAGUGUUUUUGAUGCAUACGUGCUGCCCAAGCUGUAUGUGAAAUUACAUUACUGUGUCAGCUGUGCCAUCCACAGUAAAGUGGUAAGAAAUCGUUCACGUGAGGCCAGGAAGGAUCGAAGCCCCCCUCCACGUUUCAGACCAGGCGCCAACAUCCCACGGGGACCUCCUCCCAAGCCUAUGUAAAUAGUAGCGGAUCCUAUUUGAAAUAAUAAAAUUGUUGGACCACUUAAAAAAAAA